UGUAGGAUUCGUAAACAUAAACACGAAAUUUUUUUAUCAUUAUUAUUUUUUCAUUUUAAUUAAUUUUAAUUAAGUACACGUUAGUUUUGUUAUCGUUUUGUACGGUUUCAUUUUUAAAUACAUAAGUGAAGUAUUUCUCAACGACGUAUAAAAGUUUUACGCGAUGUUCCAAUUUUUCUAACCAUGUUUGAGCAAGAUUUCAUUCGUUCUUUCCUCACCGGAGCAACUUCUGGAACCAUAUCAGCAUUUCUAUUUCAACCUUUGGACGUACUAAAAACACAAAUACAAGAUCAAAGACGCCUCAGUAAGAAUGCACCGGUUACGUAUUUCCUGGUAUUCAGGAAUAUCCUACAGAGUCAAGGCCCUGCUGGAUUUUGGAAAGGAUUGACACCUGCUUUGGCUCGAUGUAUUCCUGGAGUUGGUUUAUAUUUCUCUUCGUUAAAUCUUAUGACUACUCACGUAAUCGGCGAUACUCCUAGCGUACUGGAGACUGUAUUUUUAGGUGCAGCUGCACGAGCUUCUUCGACCAUUAUUUUUAUACCUUUUACUGUGAUCAAAACAAGAUUCGAGAGUGGCCAGUACAAAUAUACCGGAUUAUUUGACGCUGUCAGAAGUAUUAAGCAAUUCGAAGGUGUUCAAGGAUUUACUCGAGGGCUUGUACCGACACUAAUACGAGAUGUGCCAUUUUCAGGAUUGUAUUAUUUAUUUUAUACUCGAACGAAAACACUUUUAGGAUUGGAACAAGGCGAGAGUAAUUCGUACAAAGUAUUUCUUAGCGGAGUCAUAGCAGGAUGUUCGGCUUCAUUUAUUACUCAUCCUGCAGAUCUUAUUAAAACUUACGUGCAACUGUACCCGAACGAGUUUAAUAAGUUUUCUUCGGGUAUUUACUUUAUUUAUAAGAGAUUCGGUUUUAAAGGGUAUUUCAACGGACUGAUGAUAAGACUGAUGCGUAGAACGUUAGUUACCUCGAUGUCGUGGACUGUUUACGAAAAGAUAAAUAUUUACGUUAAGGUGCCAUCGUGAGUUACGGAAUGAGUAUUUUGAUAUCGAUGAAGUCUAUUUAUAGAUUUUGUUAUCUUUAUUUUUUUUUUACGUUGUUGAUGGUGGAUAUCGUAUAUAAUAAUUAUGUACAUGUGUUACGUUUACGUUUAAUUUGAGCAAUAUCAAGUUACCGACGUUACCGUAUCGUUUAAACAGGGCUCGUACUGAAUUAUCUUUUUCAUUUUUUCUUUGGAAAUUUUCAUUUCCAAACACUCUCGUUUCUCGCUAAAAAAUUUCCACUUGUUCAAAAAAUUUCAUAAAGCUAAAUUUUUUUAAUACCCAAAGUCCAGCGUUUUGACCAAAAAAUGCCAAAAAGGCCUUUUUUUCUGCAACUGUUAGUCUUGCUUCUUAUCAAAAAACAGAAAUUUUUCGUUUUUUUGCAAAAGAAUUUGAAAAAUUACAAUUUUAAAAAAAUAUUGGCCAAAAGUCUCGCAUUUUUGGUGAAAAUUGCCAAAAAUGGUAGCUUUUUAGCAAUUGAAAAAUUUUGUUUUUUUACCUUGAAAUUGCCAAAAAUAAUCAAGCUGAAUUGUUAUUUUACUCAAAGAGAUAUAAAAAAAUUCUCAAUUUUCCAAAAACAGCAAAUUUGAAAUUGCUGCUCUUUGCAAAAAUUAUUUUUCGAAAAAUAAGUUGUGAAAAAAUAUGCAAUAUCUUUGCAAAUAAUUCCCAAAAAUUGCUGAUUUUUGUUAUAUCUAAUUGUCGAAUUUUUAUAUUUUUGAGAAAAUUUUAAAUUUUUAGCAGAAUUGCUGAAAAUUUUCACCUUUUUUUCAAAUUAUCCAAAGUAUUGCGUUUUUUGCCAGAAAUUAUUGCAAAAAAAGUUCACUUUUUUGCCAAUGAAUCUCAAAAAUGACAAUUUUUGUCUGAUUCCAAAAAGCUUCAUUUUUUUCAAAAAUUGUCCCAAGUCUCGCUUUUUUGCCCCAAACGCCAAGUAAGUUCUAUUUUCACAUUGGAAAAUUGAAAAAUCGACUCCCAUCAAAAAUUGCGAGAGCAUCAUUUUUUUGGCAAAAAUUGUCACAUUUUCUCCUUCUUUUUUGCGAAAAAUUUCAAAAACUGUUUUUUUUUCUAAGAUUCUCCAAAAUUUAUGUUUUUUGACAAAAUUUGCUCAAAAUUUAAGCAUUUUAGCAGUUAAAAAGUCUCAUUUUACCUAAAAUUAUCAAAAAUUGUCAUUUUUUACCUAAAAAAUGUAAAAAGACUAACGUUUUGAAAAAACAAAAAAAAUCGGAAAAAAAAUAUUUCUUUGCCAGUACUUAAUUCCCAAAAAUUUUUGUCUUUUGCUAAAAUUGUCAAAUUUUUACAUUUUAGAAAAAUUCCAAAAUAUUCUUUGUCUUUUAAAAUUUGCAAACAUUUGCCGUUUUGCUAGAAAUUGCUGCUAAAAUUGUCAGUCUUGCUUUUUGCAAAAAAUUGUAAAAUUUUUCGCUUUUGAACAAAAUUGCUAAAAAUCUGUUUUUUUAUUCUGCAAAAAAUUCCAAAAGGUCUCACUUUUUUCAAAAACUGUCUCAAAACCUCAUUUUUUCCCCCAGAAACUGCCAAAAAUUCCUUCCUUUUUUAAAAAUUGUCAGUUUCGCUUUUUUGCAUCAAAAUUUCUAAAAAAAUAUAUAUUUUUCAAAAAAAUUGCAAAGAAAAGUGGCCAAAAAUUGUCCAAAGAUCUUAAUUUGUUCAAAAAUGAUUAAUAAUUAUCGUUUAUUGAACUAUUAGAAUGCCUCUUUUUUGCCUAAAAUUGUCAAAGGUGAUCAAGAAGUGUUAUUGUUUUGCCUACAAAGUGUAAAAAAAAUGCCACCUCUCAAAAAAAAAAUUGAAUUUUUUUGCAUAUAAUUUUCCUUAAGGGACAGAAAAUGCUGCUUCUACUAAAACCGUAAAAGUUUUGCUUUUUGCUAAAAAUGUCUCAAAAUUCAAGCAUUUUAGCAGUUGAAAAGUCUCAAGUCUCAUUUUACCUAAAAUUAUCAGAAAUUGUCAUUUUUUUGCCUAAAAAAAUGUAAAAAGACUCACGUUUUGAAAAAAAAAUCGGGAAAAAAGUAAUUUCUUUGCCACUAAUUCCCAAAAAAAAUAUCUUUUGCUAAAAUUGUUGAAUUUUCACUUUUUAAAAAAAUUGCAAAAAUAUUCGUUCUUUUUUAAAAAUUUUGCAAACUUUUGCCGAUUUGCUAGAAAUUGCUGCUAAUAUUGUCAGUCUUGCUUUUUGUACAAAAUUGUAAAAUUUUUCGCUUUUGAAGAAAAUUGCUAAAAAUCUUUUUUUUUUUUUGCAAAAAAUUCCAAAAUGUCUUAUUUUUUUUUCAAAAACUGUCUCAAAAUUUCAUUUUUUCCCCAGAAACAGCCGAAAAUUUCUUCCUUUUUUAAAAAUUGUCAAUUUCGCUUUUUUGCACCAAAAUUUCUAAAAAAUUAAUUUUCAAAAAAAUUGCAAAGAAAAGUUGCCAAAAAUUGUCCAAAGGUUUUAAUUUGUUCAAAAAUGGUUAAUUCUCGUUUAUUGAACUAUUGAGAAGUCUCUUUUUUGCCUAAAAUUGCCAAAGGUGAUCAAGAAGUGUUAUUAUUUUGUCUAAAAAGUGUAAAAAAAUUCCAUUUCUUGAAAAAAUGUGAAAAAAUAGAAUUUUUUGCAUAUAAUUUUCCUUAAGGACAAAAACCGCUGCUUUUACUAAAACCGUAAAAGUUGUGAUUUUUGCCAAAAAUUUCCAAGUGUGUUUUUUUUCAAAAAUAUCAAUUUUUACCAGAAAUUGCCAAUUGUCAAAAGUGUGGCUUGUUUGCCCAAAAAUGCAAAAGUUCUCGUUUUUUUUUUGUCAGAAAUAGUCAAAAAGCCAUCAAAAAAUUUCAAAAUGUUUAAACUUUCUGAAUCAUCAGAACAUUUCAAUUCUAUUUCGAAUGUUUUGUUGGUCUUUUUUUUUUUUUUUUUUUUUUUUUGAUGUCUUGCUCACAUUUUGUCAUCUUUUCGGGCUACUUUUUUGAGCCUUUUUGGUCACUUUUUUGAGAUUUUUGCUAUUUUGAUUACUAAAGAUGAGUACCUUUUUUGAAGAGGAAAUUGAGUACGAGCCCUGUUUGAAGAAUUACUGGAGGGGAGAAAUAUUUGUAGAUGGCAAAGAGGAAUAGUAUUUGUAUAUUAUUUUUAAUUUUCAUUUUUUAGUGUUUCUAUUUUCUGAGGAAUAAAAAGUAGAUUUGAUUUUUU